UUUCAUUUCAUGGAUGAUGAUGCAUUGAUUUAGACAUCCUAGCUAAAAUCUGCUGAGCCAAUUAGAUUUAUUAGUGAAGCUUUUCUUCAAAGGGUCUAAUGAAUAUAUGUUUUUUGAUUAGCGCUCACUUUUAUAUGACAUUUACGGCCAAUUCUUGUCAACAUUCUUAAUUUUCACAAAAAACUUCAAAUGAGUAUAAAGAAGAUAGAGGAAGCAAAGAUCAAUUCUGAUCCGAUCCGAUCCAAUCCGACCCACCAUUUUCAUUUUUCUAUCCAUAUCUGACAGAGAGGAGUGCAUCUUUGCUUUGAAGGCAGCCAGAUGAUUUCCUCAUCAUUACUUCUCUUGAAUACAUUUUUUUCCCUGCACUGCGUUGCAGAACAUGGACAUGUUUGCAUAUAUAUUGGCUGCUCGAAACAAAUUCAAUGCGGUGUUGAGUUCAAAACAUGGAGAAACUGGUGUUAAAAUACAGAUUUUUAGCCCUUUAUUUGGCAGUUGUUUUUAUAAUGUUUAUCGGUCGCAUAGAAUCUUAUGAGAAUUCUGAAUCAGUGGAUAGUGCAGACAGUAUUUUUGCAUUACCUGAGAUGAACAAUAGGAUUUAUCAGCACAGUGAAAUGGAAGAAGCAUGGAGUCUAGUGCAGAAAAAUGGGAACCAAUUUAUUGUCAACGGGCUGCCUUUCUACUUCAAUGGAUUCAACACUUAUUGGUUAAUGGUGUUUGCCGUGGAUCAAUCGACAAGAGGAAAAGUUACUGAGGUGUUUCAACAGGCUUCUGCAGUGGGACUUACGGUAUGCCGGACUUGGGCUUUCAACGAUGGUCAGUGGCGUGCUCUUCAGAAAACCCCGUCGGUUUAUGAUGAAGAAGUUUUCAAGGCCUUGGAUUUUGUCAUAAGUGAAGCUAAGAAGUACAAGAUAAGGCUCAUAUUAUCCUUGGUUAAUAACUGGAAAGCAUAUGGCGGGAAAUCACAGUAUGUCAAAUGGGGUAAAGCUGCUGGCCUCAAUUUGACUUCUGAUGAUGAUUUCUUCUCACAUCCAACUCUCAGAAGCUACUACAAAGCCCAUGUCAAGAUGGUGCUAAACAGAGUCAAUACUGUCACAAACAUAACCUACAAGGAUGAUCCUACUAUUUUUGCUUGGGAACUGAUGAAUGAGCCACGGUGUGAAUCAGAUUCCUCCGGCAAUAAAUUGCAGGAAUGGAUAGAAGAAAUGGCAGUAUAUGUGAAAAGUGUUGACCCAAAGCAUCUGGUGGAGAUUGGAUUGGAAGGUUUCUAUGGUCCAUCCACUCCCAACAGGGUUCAGUUUAACCCAAAUACCUAUGCUCAACAAGUUGGAACUGACUUUGUCAGGAAUCAUCAAGUUCUUGGGGUUGAUUUUGCUUCCGUUCACAUCUAUCCAGACUCUUGGAUUUCGCAAACAAUCUCAGAUUCUCAUAUACAAUUCACCAAGUCAUGGAUACAAUCUCAUGUUGACGAUGCUGAGAAUUUCCUUGGCAUGCCUGUUGUGUUUGCCGAGUUUGGUGUUUCAGCAAAAGAUCCUGGCUAUAAUUCGACAUACAGGGAUACCCUCGUGAGCACAGUGUACAAGAUCCUUUUGAACUCGACUAGGAAAGGAGGCAGUGGUGGUGGUUGCCUUCUGUGGCAGUUGUUUCCUGAAGGGACAGAUUACAUGGACGAUGGGUAUGCAGUUAUCCUUUCGAAGUCUCCUUCAACAUCAGAUAUCAUUUCUCUUCAAUCAACCAGGUUAACAACCUUCAAUUCCUUGUGCUCUCGGAAAUGCCACUGGGAUUGCAAGAAAAAGCAUGCCAUGGAGACGUUCCUCUAUCACGAUGAGCUCUAAGUUUCAUUUCCUUUGUCCUACUAAAUGAACAACCAAAGUCAUAUAUUCCAGCAUUCUAGUUCAUUAUCAUGUAUAGCCAUGUCCAAAGAGCACAGGUGCACUCAGAUUUGCUGAUUGUAAAGAAAACCAAGCUGUUGAAUGGAAAAUAUGAUAUUUAAGCACUCCUACAAUUUAUAA